AUGAGCUGGCUGACCAGAAACAACAUCCCCGCCUUCUGGGCAGACCCCUACUGGCAGCUCGCCUGGUGCCAUCGGACCCUUGAGUACCAUAUCAUGCAGAUAGCCAAGCGAACGCCGCGAAACCUCAUCAGUGACCCCGAUACGAAGCGACAUCAAAAGGCCGUGGAUUCCGUCACCGGGCGAAUAGUGGGAUAUGCCCGGUGGAAUCUGCCCGCAUCCCACGCCAAGAGCAUCGGCGGGGCCCCGGCUUGGCCCGAUGCCGUGGUUCCGUCUGUCAGCCAAGAGGAAGAAGCGGAGAUCCAGCGCGUUGCCGUGACAGCUCAUUGA